AUGAGUCAGGGGCGAAAGCAGCCGAAAAGCUCCCACUUGUUGCUGAGGCAGGAGCGUCAGCUGACGGGCGGAGAGCUACAGUAUUGUUCAUCUUCACUUCACGUCCUCGCAUCUGUCGGUAAACACAGCGAGGAGCUCCUCUGCAGGCUCUACAGACGCUUCCCGCUCCAUCACACCGCUGCUGCCUCCGCCGCGGCUCUCAGGAAGUCUGCUUUGAUGUCUGCGUCGGUCCUGUAUCCAUCGUCGUGUGGACGUGUCAGUCUGGUGUGUGGACUCCUCCUCCUGGCCUCCUCACCGCUCCUCACGGCAGGCCGACUGAGUAACUGCACUCACCCACUGGUGCCAGAACAUGGAGGUUUCCGGUGUGAUCCGUCACCGUGCCGAGGUUUCCCCCACAAGAGCUCCAUCCACUUCUUCUGUGAGCCCGGAUACCACGUCAACAACAAGGUCCGUGUGUCCAGGUGCCGCCACGGGAGGUGGCAGCCUCCGAUACCUGCCUGCAUCCCCAUCAGAGAGGGUCCAAAGAUGAACUCUGAUGACGGAGUGAACGACUCGAUGCCCAGCAUGGCCACAACGGCGGUGGGCGUGUCCAUCUUCCUGCUCACCACUACUGCCUGCCUGGUCGUCAAGUCCCGCCUCUUCCCCUGUCAAUCACACAGCAGCCGUCGCUCUUCAGACCAGCUGGACCUGAUGGAUGGACUUCCUGUCUCCCUCCCCUCCUAUGAGGAGGCGGUUUACGGCAGCUGGGGGCAGCGCCUCCCCGCCUGCUCAGCGCCGGGACCCACCCAGCUCCUAUUGGCUCAGGAGGCUCCCAGCUGUCACCCGUCGUCUCUUAUCAACCAAUCGGACGGCAGUCACCGCCCGCUCCUGUCCAGCCCCGGCAACCCCCCGCCCCCUUACGAGGAGGUCCAGUCAUCGCUGCACAGAGACAGGAUGAGUGACGGGGACGUCCGGCAGCUACAUGUUGCAUUUUCAGAUGACAAGGACACUUGACUGACAGACUGUGGGGUUCAUAUGUGACUACAUGUUGUUUAGCAAUGAAGCAUUUUGAUUGACAGCUGCAGUGGUUACUCUGCAGAUGGAAAAUAAAGAAAAAAAAACACAGACUGACCGCAGAUUCCUGCACCUUUCCUGGUUGGUUGCAGCUCACCAGCAUCAGGACACUCUGUCCAAUCACACGCUAGUUUAGAUGAAGCUGAUAAGCCCUGGUCGGCCUCUUGUGAGGUCACAAAGAUCUGACAGAAGAGGACUUAAGUUCCUUUAUACGUGAAAUGUUGAUUGAAUAAUGUGUUGUGUGAAUUUAAGUGACAGAGGAGCAGGUUAACCUUCAUAUCCUGAAUGCCUUGUUUUUAGUGUGAUGAGAAUGUAUUUCAUUGUUUAUAAUAGGUGUGUGUGUGUGUGUGUGUGUGUGUGUGUGUGUGUGUGUGUGUGUGUGUGUGUGUGUGUGUGUGUGUGUGUGUGUGUGUGUGUGUGUGUGUGUGUGUGUGUGUGUGCGUGUGCGCGCGCUCAGUGUUGCUCUGGAGACGUCGUCCAUCCUUCCCGUCAGUACGGACCGAUUGUGCCGUUUCAAAAACCCUGUGUGUUUCCACGGCAACAGACUCUAUUCCACUUCUGUCUGAUUCUAUCUCUUGUAGAAACGUUUCUCUCGUGUUGUUGUUGAAGCCAGCGUGGUGGAAGAAGUACUCUGAUCUGUUACUUAAGUAAAAGUACUCAUACCACACAAGUCCUGCACUCAGAAGCUUAGUGAAGUAAAAGUAUGCAUCAGCAGAGUGUAGGCUACAAGUGAAAGUGUGCAGUAAAAAUGUUCCUGUCAGUGAUUUUCUAUUAUAUAUGAUGUUUUUGGAUUAAUAUUACUGCUGCAUUAAUGUGUAUGUUGCUUUUUCAAAAGUUUAUUUAGAUUAAGAAGUCUUCUCAACACGUAAAGCAACACUUCAUCCUUCAGUCUAUCACAAACAUCAACACAUCUGGAGGUACAUGGUUUUCACUGGACAGAGAGGAGAUGAGAAACUGGAAUCUGAAAAGUAGCUAAAGCUGUCAGAAAAAAGUAGUGGAGUAAAAAGUAGAAUCUUGACUUCUGAGGUGAAGUGGAGUAGUGAAGUAGAAAUCUGCAUACAAUGGAAACAUUUAUGUAAAGAUCCUCAGAUGUGUACUUAAGUACAGUACUUCAUUAAGUGUACUUAAGUACAGUACUUCAUUAAGUGUACUUAAGCACAGUACUUCAUUAAGUGUACUUAAGCACAGUACUUCAUUAAGUGUACUUAAGCACAGUACUUCAUUAAGUGUACUUAAGUACAGUACUCCAUUAAGUGUACUUAAGCACAGUACUUCAUUAAGUGUACUUAAGUACAGUACUUCAUUAAGUGUACUUAAGUACAGUACUCCAUUAAGUGUACUUAAGUACAGUACAUCAUUAAGUGUACUUAAGUACAGUAUAUCAUUAAGUGUACUUAAGUAAAGUACUUCAGUAAGUGUACUUAAUUACUUUCCACCACUGCUGUGCAGACACUCAGGUAACAGAUGGUGACACAAACAGCCUGACGUGAGACUUAUUUUCAGCAGAUAUUUGGAGACCUGCUCAGAAAUCCUUGGUCUUAGUCUUUGAGUGUGUCUCCAGUGUUCAUUCAGUGGUGUUAUAGUAUUAAAGUAUUCCGAUUCAUUUAAAUGUACAGUGAAAAAUCAUAUUGAAACAAGUGUACAUUUAUUUGCCCUGGUGGCAUCGGUGCAGACACAUUGGUGCUUUUAAUAGCGUUCAUUCCACAAUCUGCAGAAACCCCCCCAGGACCAGAAAAGCUGAACGUGAUCAAACAUUGACUCGUGUGUCCUCGGCUCCUCUGGCUGCUCUCUCACACUCUUUAACCUCUGCAGAGCCACUGACGCCUUCACAGACCUUGAAUGUAUUUUAUGUUUCAUUUUGUGGCAACACAUCUUAACUAUUAUAUGGAUUGUAAUAUUUACAGAGAUUAUUUGUACAUUGAAUUAUUGCACAGAAUGAUAUGAUUAAUAAAUGUGGAGAUGUUUGACA